AUGCAUGAGGCGUGCAGGGAUCACGUAAAGUCCCAAUGGCACCAGGAAGCAAUGGCAGCCUCACAAGACUUUAUGAAUGUAAUGAUGAGCAAGCAGCUGCCCGUUGCACAGCAGCUGAACAGAGCACUGCAUCACCAAGUUGAAAAGAACCGCGAGAAACUAUUUCCUAUAGUUUCCACCAUCAUCUUUUGCGCAACGCAUGACUUGCCUAUUCGCGGGAAGCAGUCUGACAGUGGAGUCUUCAACGAUCUGCUUGAUUUUCGGGUGGAAGCUGGAGAUGCUCGACUUCAGGAACACUUCGCUUCUUGUGCUGGCAACGCAAAGUACACUUCUGUCCGGAUCCAGAACGAGAUCAUCACAAUCUGUGGCGACAUCCUGAGAGAGCAAAUUGUGUCCGAAGCUAACACAGCGUUGGCUUUCUCCGUCCUUGCGGAUGAAACGGCGGACAUUGGAGGAACAGAACAGCUGUCUAUAGGGAUUCGCUUUAUUGACAAGGCGGGAACCGAGGCAUUCGUUCGGGAGCAGUUUAUGGGAUUUUUAGAGCUGGAACAACUGAACUCCGCUUGCAUCGCCGCUACAAUCUUGAAGUUUUUGAAGGAUGCCGGGCUGAUUCUGUCGAACCUCGUUGGACAGGGAUACGAUGGAUGCUCUACAAUGGCUGGAAAAGAAGCUGGAGUAAACAGGAUAAUACAGAAAGAGCUUCCUAAGGCACUAUUCUUCCACUGCGCAAGCCACAAACUCAAUCUCGUGAUCAACGAUCUGAACGAGGUCUCUGAAAUUCGAAACACGAUAGGGGUCAUCAAACAAACCAUAAACUUCUUCCGUGAGAGCGUUCUCCGAAGGAAAUUGGUGCCCAACAUUCCGAUGCUGUGUGAAACAAGGUGGUCUGCAAAAUACAAGUCAAUUCGGAUCUUCUCUGAGCAUUACGUGGCCAUAGUCGAAGCGCUCGAGGACCUGGCAUCAAUGGAAUCAAGCUCGAAUGCUGCAACGAGGGAACGCGCUCAUAUCCUCCACUGCGCAACAACGAGCUCAUCUUUCAUCGUCUGUUUGCACAUUGUCGCGAAGUACAGCGCACAGCUGGAACCCGUUACGAACAUUUUGCAGAGUGUAUCCAUGAAUUUCCAUUCUGUACACAACCACAUCACUGAGCUGCAGAAUAUUUUUCGCUGCCACCGGACCAACGCUGAAGAGCAGUUCUCGGAUAUCAUGAAGACAGCAAGUGAAGCGGCCAAUCAUCUAGGCGUGUUGAUAUCUGAACCCAGACAAGCCUCACGGCAGGCCCACCGAGACAACUACGGGAUACAGUUGCCGGAAGAGUAUUACCGCGUGGCAAUAUAUGUGCCGUACUUGGACUCUCUCAAUGCUUCUUUGUCUCGCCGCUUUUCUGAAAGCAACAAGAAGAGCUACAGACUUCUCCAGCUGCAUCCAGCAAGAAUGAAGCACUUGAGUCGCGUUGAGUUUGCUGUUCUCGCCGAUGAACUCCAAGGCUUUUACGGCAUCGAAAACUUCAAGGAAGAGGGCAUCUCCUGGUAUGAGAUGUGGCUCAACAGAACUGGGGACUGCUCAGAAAUAUCUUAUCCCGAACUUCUGCUUCAGGCAAAGACGUUCUUCCCCGCUGUCGCAAACGCCAUCGAGGUGGCUCUUGCCUUACCAGUUACCACCUGCACUGUCGAACGCUCGUUCAGUACACUAAGGAGAGUGAAGACGUGGCUACGUUCAACUAUGAGGAACGAUAGGCUGGACGGCCUUUGUAUGAUGAGCGUACACCGGGAGCGUGUAAUGAAACACAAGGACGACUUUAUCACCCGUGUAAUCACGCAAUUUGCCCAGAAAAAUCCAAGGCGUCUGCAGCUGUUAUUCAAGGAAGACUAA